UCCUGCAGAUUGAUAAUCUGUGGCAAUUUGAGAGUCUUACUAAGCUGCAGCUGGACAACAACAUCAUUGAGAAGAUAGAAGCACUGGAGAGUCUGGUUCACCUUGUGUGGCUCGGGUAAUGCAGGUAUUUUGGAACCUAGAAUCCCUGAAAGACGACGGUGUGUUUAUCCCUACGCUCUCAAGGACUUGUCAUACUUGUUGUGCCAAGAAGUGAGACUACUUCCAGUCAGAAACUCAGGAUACGGAUUGCAGCACCAUGCAGUGGUACUGGCUCUGAUGCUGGGCAUAUCAGUGGCUGCUGCUCCAGAUUCAUAUCUUACAGCAUUCUCUGGUAACUGCAGCCACCUAAUUGGGUGGCAGCGUAAAUAUAUCCUUGUCUGCUGCUGAAAAUAGCAUGCAAGGCUUCGGCUCAUAAGCACAUCUCAAAAUGUCUAAAUGAGUUCUUCCGCUCUGUUGUCUGCACUGUUCCGCUGCACGGAUGACUAAUGCACUUGUGAAUCACAGCAGAUCACCACUGUGCGAGCAGUUUUUUGAAGCACGCUCAGGCAUUGCAGUUUGCCCAGAGGUUCUAGUGGUUCAGCAGCUGCUGUGUAUACGUGUUAGCUGCCCAGGGGCUGGGGUCACACCCAUGACUGGUAGCCACAUCAGCUGUCUGUGGAAUCCUGAAGCACUCAGCUCCAACCUGAGGGUAAACACUGCCCUUACUAAUGAUGAAUGUAGGUGUUAGCCUAGAUGUUUUGGCAGGAUGGGAUGAAGAAAUAUGGACGAGUGAAAUAGCUACAGUGAACUUGUCCUUCAACAACAUUGAAGUAAUUGAGGGCCUGGAUAACCUUGUCAAACUGCAGGACCUAAGCCUCUACAACAACAGAAUAUCUAAAAUUGAGAACAUGGACACAUUGCGUGAGCUACAGGUUUUCUCCAUUGGGAAGAAUAACCUGACUACUCUGGAAAAUGUGGUCUAUCUCAGGAGGUUUAAGAACUUACACUCAUUGAAUCUCACUGGGAACCCUUUCUGUGAUGAAGAGCAGUAUAUGCUGUUUGUUGUUGCUCACCUUCCAGGCUUGGUGUACUUAGACUUUAAACUCAUUCCUGACACCACACGAGAAGUUGCCAUUUCAAAUUACCAAUACCUCACUGACCUGCUGGAAAAUGAGGAAGCCGAGGCCCUGGCUCAGCUGGAGGAAAAGCAGGCACAGCAGAAGGAGCUGGAGUACUACAAGACAGCCUUUGUUGAGCACCUGAAUGGACCAUUCCUGUUUGACAGUUUGUAUGCAGAGGAUACAGAAGCUGCCAAACUGGCUUCCCUCCCUGGAGUGGAUGAACUGCUGCAGGAAUACAGGAAAGAUUUUGUCUCCAUUUGUGAGAACCUGUUUAACUUCUGUCUGAAUGAGCAUGAAAAACGAGAAGCUGAAGUCUCUGAUUUCCGUGAAGGCCUUCAUGAAGUGUUGACAGCGAACCAAGAAGAAGGCAAGAGAAUAAUCCUAGACUUUGAAAAUCGGAACAAAACGAGGCUGGAUGAGAUCCAUCGUGCCAGCAGUCAUGACACUGCUGAGUCUAUGCGAGCUGAGUACAACGAGGACAUCCUUCAGCUGUCAGAAACACUCAUGACCUUGGAAAUGCAGAUGGUGGACCAGCUGGAGGAACUGAUAAAGGAAUUUGAAAGAAACAUUGCUGUCAUAACAUCAACAUUCGCUGAAAACGUUCAAGGCAUAAUGACACAGUGCCGGGACCUGGAAAACCGUCACCAUGAGAAGCUACUAGAGAUCUCCAUCAGCACUCUGGAGAAAUCACUUAACGAUGAGCUCGAUGAAGAAUUGCCAGAUGAUGUUCGUGAGUUUCUUGUGGACAAAAACACCAUUGUUGACAUGGUCAACAAAUCCCAUAAUAUCCGCCUGCUGAAGAUCAGUAUGCAAGAGUGUGACAUCCUCCUCAACGUGUACCACUGGGAGGCCUCUGUGAAAGAGAAGCCUUUGCUGGAGACUUCUGUUCUGCAGCCAGGACCCCAACAAACCUGCGGGUUCACUGCUUGGGCUCAAUCUGUUCAGGCACUCCAAAAUGAGAUUGACAGAAAUCGCAACCGUAUCAAAGAGAUUUUUCAGUACAUCGAUGAUCUCCAGGAGCAGCUGGAUAACGCAGUGAUUCCGGACCCCAUGGAUUAGGUCUGCCAUGGGCCAGGCAGCUGCCUUAUCUGGGUGCACACAGCGGCAGAACACUCAACAAGGAUGCUGCCCCUCUGUGCCUGUGCUGUCUGGAACAUUUCAGGCCAAAGGCACACUCCUUCCAUUCUGCCACAGUCAGCAAAUAAAAGAUACUUAUUGUUUCUGUUAAAAGCA